AUGUCUUCAGAGCUUGACAGAAUUUAUGCCACGCUUGCGCCCGAAGAAAUCAUACUGCCAGAUUCACCUGACUAUCUAAAAGAAAGCAAAACUUGGGCAGUACAGAGGAAUUUGAAGCCAAAGUUAGUUGCGCGUCCGAAGUCUCUCGAAAGCCUUUGCAAGCUCGUCGCUGCUCUCAAUAGAACGACCUUGGAUGUCUGCGUACGCAGCCAAGGUUACGGUUCGAGCUCGGCCAAAGAUGUCUUAAUCAACAUGACAGCUUUUGACUCGUUUGAGUAUAGCAUUGAGCAAAAAUCUAUCACUAUUGGGGCCGGACAAAAUUGGAGCCGAGUUGAUGAGAAUAUUGACAAGCACUGUCCGGGAUAUGCUACCUUGAGCACGAGAUCUGGCUUCCUAGGCGUUGCAGGCACCAUUGUUUACGGUGGUUUAUCUUGGGCAUCAUCUGAGCGUGGUACUGCUGCACGACCGGAAAAUCUACUGGACGCUCAGAUAGUCAAGGCUGAUGGUACUGCUGUCUGGGCCUCGACAGAUCCAGAUCUCUUCUGGUGCAUUCGGGGGGGUGGACAUAGCUUUGGCAUUGUCACCGCAGUGAAAGUCAGGAUCUUCAAGUAUCCUAAGAGUAUCUUCACCGGGCGGCUUGUAUACCCUCGGACUUCUCUACAACAUAUUGCGCGUGAGGUAGCAACCUUUACUCGAAAUGUCUCAGAUCCUAGGCUUUGCUUGCAUCUCUAUUGCAUGACUGUGGAAGAGUUCAAAGCGGAAGAGCCUCCGGAAGAAAUGAAAAUAGGAUCGCAAAAAGAUAAUUGGUCGAGAGGCAUGGAUAGUGGGCAAAUUUCCCUUUGGGUCUACGACGCACACGGAGAGCAGCACGCGAGGUCUGUCAAAGGAUUUCAAUGGGCGUUUGAAAUCCCAGGUGCAAUUGAUAAGACGAUGAAUCUUCCUUUCACCGAGGUGAACAAGCUUGCUAACCCGUUGAUAGCAGCUAGUGGAGUGACGGACUCAUGGAUGUCAGCACCACUCAUAAGUGAAAUUUCAGAAGAAGUUAUUUUUCGCGCUUGGGAGUGGUUUGAGGAAACCGUGGCUGCCAAUCCAGCUGCUAAGAAGGCACCCCUGGGGCCCGCAAUCCAUACGGACACGCCACGGACCGACUGUGCUUGGCCCCACACUCGGGCCCAACAUGUGCUCCAGCUCGGAGUGGCAGCCCCCAUUGGCGACGUCGACACAGGAAAAUCAGUAUUACAAGCUCUGGAGGAGGCGCCCAAGCGAAUUUGGCCCGCACAUCAACCUAGCGACUAUCUUCCAAACUUCAUACAACACUUCAACGACGUUUCAGCAAUUUAUGGACCAAAUUUUAAGAAGCUACAGGAGAUGAAAAUUAAGUAUGACCCCAAUGGAACUUUUGGCGGCCCUUUUAUGUAG